GCCAUUUCAAACUUUUUUGUGACUUUGUGCAUACUGCUCAGUCUCAGUUCCUCAUCUGUAAAAUAGGCUUCAGAAUAUCUACCUCAUGGUCAAAUCAAUGUAUGCACCGACCGCCGCGCUGUGUUUGUGCCGGGCGGUUAGCGGUGCUCGUUAGGUGUGGGAAUGAGUAUUAGCUCCGCUUGAAUUUAGGCAGAAGGCGCCCGCAGCUGCCUUCAGGGUUAACUGCUAAGUGGAGGGUGGAGCCCUGCACCCUUUGAGUCACAGGGUCGGGGCUGAGCUUUAGGAGGAGGGGCUGAGGUGGAAUCCAGUGCGGGUGGGGAGAGGCCCAGUAAGAUGAGACACUCCCCCCAGCCCGGCGCCCCAGCUUCUGGAUUCCUGACCCUACUGCUGGCUGAAAUCUGACGGGAAUUAAAGCUGGACUCCCAUUCAGGACAGACAGACCUGUAAUUCCUGGUGUGAUGAGAGAGUGGGAUUUGCCGUCCUGAAGUCAUUAAGCUUGGGCCCUGGUUCCUCUUUAUGAGAGACUAGGGAGAUGGAAGACUUAAAAUCUGAGCAUAAAAAAAGGGUGCUUCCCGCAUGGAUGACAGCCCAGGUGGCUGAAAAGAGGACGGUGCAGGUGAGGACCCCCAGCAAGAGGAGAACAGCCACGGCGCCAGUGGCUGCAGCAAGACUUCCUGCCAUGAGGACUGUGUACUGCAUGAAUGAAGCUGAAAUCGUAGAUGUUGCUCUGGGGAUCCUGAUUGAGCAGGGCCAAAAACAGGAAAAGCCGUCGGAACAGCUGCCUGUGGCAGGCGCUGAUAAGCCAGAGCACUCCCCAGCCGGCUCAGCGCCGCCGUCCCCGAGUCCCCCCGGGAGCAGCAGUGAGGACGAGGCCUGUGGGGCAGACGGCCCUCCUGCGGGGCCUGCGGGUUCUGACUCGGCCUGCAGCCAAGGCCGCGAGGAAGACCAGGAUGCCCUAAAAUACGUCAGAGAGAUAUUUUUCAGCUAAGGGACAAACUUCCAGGACUUUCUGCCCAGAGUGGCUGGAGGAAGCUGGGUUUCCCUCUUGGCCUGGGCGCUGCCCUCAGACUGUCACGGCUUCUGCUCCCAGCUUCACGCCGCUCUGGGCUGCGCAGAUUCACCUUGGGAGGUGAGGAAUCAGGAUGAGCUCCCGUUAGAAAUCCUCCCUGCACUGUGCUCUCUCCUUGCUCGGAGGGCCUGGGAUCCCCACCGUCUGUUGUGUUCAGUUACCUGGUUCCAGGGAGGUGAGGUUGUGGUGGUCAACUUACUGGAACCAAAGAGUCAACUUAAUAAUUUUUAAAGAAAAACAAGUUUGGCUGCUAAGUACACUGGAAUUCCUACUGUUUGGCCUCCCUAAGGAGGAAGCCUAUUUUAAAAAUAGCUUCCAUCGCGAGGCAGUCAGUCAGUCUGUGAGCCCUUGCUCGUCCAGCCCUGAACCAGACACCCUGCCACAGUGCUGGGCUCUGUCUAGGAGCCGGAGGCUCAGCGUACAGAUUGGGAAGCCUCCUGACCAAUCAGGCCUCCUCCCCGCGAGCUGCCACCUUUCUUCCACUUGGUGGCCUCGGCCUUGGUCCCUGGACAGUCGGAAAGCAAGAGUGGGACAGGAACCCAAAGGAGACACCAAGGACAAGACAUCACACUAGAGUCCGUGUUUCUGCUUCUGUAUUCAGUGUGGCUUUUGACAGGCAUAGGAUGAGGCAAUCACGUGCUGUACAGGUUUUCAAUAUACAGGUGCUGAAAAAUACACACGGUUCCCCAGUGCGUGAGUUGUGCUUGUAUCCUUUCUGGGCCCGGGGUGAGAGGUGAGGGGAUGCGGCAUUCAUGUGGAUGUGGAACCGGUCAGUCCUGUGCACCUUCCUCUCCUGACCAGGGACCCAGCGUCUUCGGCUCCUGGACUCCCAGGUCACGUGCUGGGAGUGAUCUGCCCGCUGACCCCCUGCUUUGUCGGGCUUCAGGUCCGGGAGCCUUUUCAGGGGAACCUUCAAAGCCACCAGGGCUGCUCUUCAUGCCCAUGUGUUCUGUCUUCGGUGAAUCCCUCAGGUUAUUCCUGGGCCUUUGGGAGCAUUGUCAGAGGUGAGGGGCUCGUCGCAUUCUCCCCGCCUUGGGUGGAGGUGGGGAGCUGGCCAGGCAGGGCCCCCAGGGCCCCUGAGGUGUUUCUUCAUAGACCCUCACUGGGUUCCAGUCUGGCAUUUGGCAACUUGUCCUGGAAAUCUGGCCCCAUGACAGGAAGCCUUAUUUCCCCAUUGUUCUGAGGAUAAAGUAAGAAUGGCUUGCUCAGAUCAGUUAAUUAAAGCAGGAAUUCUUGUGACAAUGAGCUGUGUGGUUUUAGGGUGUCUUUGGGAACCUUACAAGUCCCAAAGGACACACAACCCUACACUAAGAAGCUGAGGGAGCCCUGGCCGCCCUUGCUGCCUCUUGUCCUUGACGUCGGGUGCCCUACCCCCUCCGCGGUGGGUCCUGUCUGCUAGAGCUUGAGAUCAGCAUUAGCUAUGAAACAGGAUGGCUGAGAAGACACAGCAGCCCGUGAAUUCUCUGGCACCUUCUCUGAGCAUAGUUCAAACAGAACCCUUGCAGUCACGUAAGCCUUUAGACAGAGCUAGCAGCUCUCAAGUUCUUGUCCUUUGCCCUCUGAGGGAACACGACUGUGGCCAUAAGCAAGAGGAUGAGUAAGGCCUGGGCAGCACCCAGAGCUAGAAACCCAGGCCCCAGGAGGGAGGGCCGGAGCCACUUCCAUGUGUAGGUGAGGAAGAGGCCCAGGCCGCUGGCCAGCAGCAUGGAGGACGUGGCCAGGAAGCCCACGGCCAGCUGCCACUCUCCCUCGUUACUGUUGCACCAGGCCAGGAGGAGAGGCAGGGGGACGAAGAGGGUGAGGACCAGGGCCCCGUACACGCCAAGCCUGGCCAGGGCCAGGCCAACUCGAGGCACCCCCAGGGCCUCCAGCUCAGGGAACUGGUGACACUGUAGGGCCCCAGUGCCCUCGUUCCAGAGACAGAAGUUGUAGAAGCCAAUUCUGAGGUUGGGCAAGUCGAUGAGGUUGCCGGCCUUCCAGAGGAGAGCAAAGAACAGCAGGAAGAUCGCUGUGACUGUGAGCGUCAUGAUUCCCAGGAACCGCAGCUGGUUCCUCCGCCUUGACCUUAGGACGGGCAUCUUCUCCUGCGCUUUGCAGGGCGCCUCCCUGGGUACC